CAAGCCCGGCUGUGCACCCUUCCGGCUGUGCACCCUUUCAGCUGCGCACACAGUGUCCUGCAGGGUUGGCGUCUCCCCGACACAGGGCGACAUGGUGCGUGGCAGGAUCUCCCGACUCUCGGUCCACGACUUGCGCUUCCCCACGUCUCUCGAGGGCCACGGCUCAGACGCUAUGCACACAGACCCUGACUACUCAGCUGCCUACGUUGUCUUGGAGACGGAUGCAGAAGAUGGACUCAAGGGCUGUGGACUCACCUUCACUCUGGGAAAAGGCACUGAAGUUGUUGUCUGUGCUGUGAACGCCCUGGCCCCCCACCUGCUUAACAAGGACCUCGGGGAUAUUGUCGGUGACUUCAGAGGCUUCUACAGGCAGCUCACUAGCGAUGGGCAGCUCAGAUGGAUCGGUCCUGAGAAGGGUGCGGUGCACUUGGCCACGGCGGCUGUGCUCAAUGCCGUGUGGGACCUGUGGGCCAAGCAGGAGGGAAAGCCUCUGUGGAAGUUGCUUGUUGACAUGGACCCCAGGAUGCUGUUAUCCUGCAUAGAUUUCAGGUACAUCACCGAUGUCCUGACAGAGGAGGAAGCCUACGAAAUACUGCAGAAAGGUCAAGUUGGUAAAAAAGAGCGAGAGGAGCAGAUGCAGACACAGGGCUACCCCGCCUACACCACUUCGUGUGCCUGGCUGGGGUACACAGACACCAGGCUGACGCAGCUCUGCAGUGAGGCACUGAAGGACGGCUGGACCAGGUUUAAGGUAAAAGUUGGUGCUGAUCUCCAAGAUGACAUCCGUAGAUGCCGACUCAUCAGAAACGUGAUCGGACCUGAGAAGACCUUGAUGAUGGAUGCCAACCAGCGCUGGGACGUGCCUGAGGCCGUGGAGUGGAUGGCAAAGCUGGCAGAGUUCAAGCCGCUGUGGAUUGAAGAACCCACUUGCCCUGAUGACAUCCUAGGACACGCUGCCAUCUCCAAGGCACUGGCCCCGCUGGGAAUUGGCGUAGCCACGGGAGAACAGUGCCACAACAGAGUGAUAUUUAAGCAACUCCUACAGGCGAAAGCCCUGCAGUUUCUUCAGAUCGACAGCUGCAGGCUGGGGAGUGUCAACGAGAACCUCUCCGUGUUGCUGAUGGCCAAAAAGUUUGGAGUUCCUGUGUGCCCACAUGCUGGUGGAGUUGGCCUCUGUGAACUGGUGCAACACCUGAUCAUAUUUGACUUCAUAUCAGUCUCUGCAAGCCUCAAAGACAGGAUGUGUGAGUAUGUUGACCACCUGCACGAGCACUUCAAGUACCCUGUGGUGAUCAGGAAGGCUUGCUACAUGCCUCCUAAGGAUGCUGGUUAUUCAACAGAAAUGAAGGAGGAAUCUGUACGGCAACACCAGUACCCAGAUGGAGAAGUCUGGAAGGAGCUCCUGGCUGCUCAAGGGAAUUAAGCAUUUUGCUUUACGUGAAAAGGCUUAAAAUUUCUUGGGUAUGGUUUUACAAAAAUAGGGAGGAAAAAAAAAAAUCAUCCUACCAAUCAAAACAAGUUCGGCUGAAAGUCAUACCAACCUCAGGCAUCAGCUUAGUUGUCAUUUCUUUAUUCUUUUAGCAAAUCAACACAUAUUCUCCUACAUAAUCCUUAAGCAAAAAUAGAUCCAACUCAAAGUCCAGGCAGACACUAUCUUAAAAUUUCUAUCAAGUGCUGGUACCUAGACAUUAAACUGUACUUUGAAAAUAA